AUGCUUUGGGAUCUUGAAAUUGUGGAGUUUGAGGACAGGUGGGCUCAAAUGGUUAUUGAAUGUGGGUGUGAAGAGAAUGUUUGGGUUCAGGAUUUGUAUGAGCGGAGGAAGAUGUGGGCUGCUGCAUAUAUGCGGGGUGAAUUCUUUGCGGGCUUUCGUACAACCUCUCGGGUUGAGGGAUUACAUGCCCAAGUUGGGAAGUUUGUAGACUCAUGGAACAAUUUGACUGAUUUUAUGCAUAACUUCUUUCGAUAUAUGAGUUAUCAGCGACAAAGGGAACUUGAAGCAGAUUUUGCAUCAAUGCACGGUGACCAUGUGCCGCAAACACAAUUGAAGAGGCUUGAAAAGUCAGCUUCCAACCAUUACACGAACAACAUUUUCAGGCUUGUCUCUAAGGGUCUUCACCGCUGUUUGAUGCUCAAGGUUAGUCUUUUCAAGGAGACUUCAACUUGCAUCAUUUACUUUGUUGAAAGGUUUUCUCUGUCUAGUCGGAGAUGGAAUGUGACUCUAUGCAAAACAACCAGUGAGUUCAAGUGCUCUUGUAUGAGGAUGGAAUCAUAUGGCAUUCCAUGCGACCAUAUUCUUGCUGUUUGUAGAUAUCUAGACCUGCCUGGAAUUCCCUCAUCAUUAAUUAUGGGGAGAUGGACCAAGGAUGCAAAAGAGGGGCUUGAGCUGCGUGGGGAACAAUUGGGUGCAUGGGACCCCAUGGAUCUAUGUAGAUUUACUGUAUUGAGGGAAAACUGCAGGCGAAUGUCUAAAGCAGCAUGUAGAGCACCGAAAACAUUCCGGGACACAAAUGAACUGGUUCUAAAGCAAGCAAGGAGGUUGGAGAAAUUGGAGAAAGGUGAUGGUGUGCAACAAGCUGUACAUGUGGUGGCCAAUGAUCCUGAACAGUACUUGCGUGACCCACUUAAACCCAUCAAAAGGCGCAUUGGUAGUGCCUCUAGAGGUAGUGGACUGGGGAGGCGUACUUCCCACUGUGGUCUUUGCGGCGGGGCAGGGCACAAUCGGAAAACAUGUCUACGGGCUACACAGUGA